AAAUCUGAAACCACGUGUAACCAGCAAACUCAACUCACCUCACGUCAACUUCUGCCAACUGCGAAACCGCCGCGCCAAUGCUACGUCAACAACAUCAAGCACUGCUCCCGCUGUGGGAAAACUCCUCUACAUCCACCCUACCCCAAAUCCCCGUUACUUCCGCCAAUGUUAAUAAGCACUGCUUUCUGUCGUCCUCCUCCUCCUCCUGUCGUCCUCCUCACUUUCACUCUCUUCAUUCCUACCCUGCUCUCUGUUUUCAGUCCCAGAAGAGGAGCUAUAAAUCAGCUCCCAAUUCCAAAACAAAUUGAAAACCACAACUUCCCCAGCCAUCCCAAUCCCAUUCUGCUUUGACUUUAUGUACUUCUACUCGUACUCAACUUUGUUCUUUCUUGCCUUCCCCGGCCGGCCCCCCCCCCCCCCCACCACACACAAACACCCUCUCCCCAUCCUUAAAAAGUUCCCCUUUUCACCUGCAUCCAACACAGUCACCCCAGAAAUCUUUUUACUGCUAACUUUUUCAAACGAAGAAGCCCACUACAGCUAUAGUUUCAGGAAUUUCUUUUAUUCGUGGAAACCAAAGGGAAAAAAAAAUCGUGCGCGCACAUGAGAGGCUUGAUUUUGUAUUAACCUUGGAGCAAGGAAUUCAAUAAAAUCUGAUGUAGUCAGAUCAUUCUGGAUGAUGACUUGAUUUUACAUUCUUCUGUCUAAAGGAGCUUCUGAGAUAUGGUGAAGGACUUCAUUCCCAUGUCGUGGCAAGUACUAUUUUAAGGUUCUAGUGUGUUUGCUUAAUGUACUCCCACUGAUGGUAUUAUUGUGUUCUCAUACUAAGGUUUGCAUGUUAGCCCUUGCACCUUGAUGAUGAUGCUGAUUAGGAGGUAUGAUUCCAAUAAUGCAGAAGAACUGAUGUAUUUUUAUGCAUGUGAGAGUAGGCACAUCAAAGUUGGCUUCUGCAGCUAUAUGAGCAGUACAAGGGAUGUGAAUCCUUUAUCAGCUCUGUUUAAGCAUCUUGAAGAGGGAUGAGAUAAAUGUGGUGUGUGAUGCUUCUUAAAAAAAGCAAAGCAGGACGAGGAAAUAGAAAUGGUAUGUAUAGGAUUUGCAUUACAAUGAUGCUUUCAGAAUGGUAAUUGAACUAUUCCCCCAUCACAAAAUAAGCCUUUGAAGAUUGUAGGUUGAACAUUGGUAUAAGCCCCUCUGUACUGGCAUUUAUUUGACAAAAUUUCCAGAAAUGUUCUGAAAGUUAUGAUCAUUCAAACGGGAAAAUGGAAAUGGGCAUAUAAGUAGCUUAGUUUAUUUGAUAUAAUAAUUAAAAGAGCUCAACAGAGAUAACAUAAGGUCGUUGAAAUGUAUUUGGGUAGAAAAGAUACAACAUUUUGGAAUAACAUUUAGCAAUAGAUAUUGAAUUGGACAAGCUUAUUGAGUUCUGGUUAGGGCAACUCAAGCCAUGUCAGUGGUGUUGCAGGCCAAGUUUUGGCCUCUGACUGAUGAGAUCUUAUGGCGAGAAAAGGGAGAAGAAGUUGAGCCAAACUUAAAUGAAGAGUUUGUACUUCAGAAUAUUCAUCUUUUUUGGUGAAAGUUCUGAUCAAUAAGAAUCCGCCGUGCUGAAAACAAUGACAUCAAUGAUGCCCCAACAGAAUACUGUAGGUGCAACCAUGGAGCCAUGUUAGGCACUGCUCCUGCUCAGCAUCUUUUGCACUAUGGCCCCAAGACCCCUCCGCCUCAGCUCUAGACGCCCUUCUAGACGUAUACAUAUCAUUAUAAUACUCUUGAUACUUGUGCCUCUCAGCAUUAUUGGAAUAUUUAACCAUGGCCGGAAGAUCUCCUAUUUUUUCCGGCCACUUUGGGACCAACCUCCAGAACAGUUUGAACGCCUACCUCAUUAUUAUGCAGAGAACAUUUCUAUGGGCCAACUCUGUCGUCUUCAUGGCUGGACCUUGCGCUUAGAGCCGCGCCGAGUAUUUGAUGGCAUUAUAUUCAGCAAUGAGGUGGACAUUCUUGAAAUUAGGUGGCAUGAACUCCUUCCUUAUGUUACUAAAUUUGUAAUUUUGGAAGCCAACACCACCUUCACUGGCGUCCCGAAACCUCUCUUUUUUGCUUCAAAUCGGGAUCGAUUUGCAUUUGCAGAGGGAAAGGUUGUCCAUGACGUAUUUCCUGGUCGCAUUCUUCCGCGUGGAUCACAUGAAAACCCAUUUAAUCUUGAAGCAGAGCAGCGUGGGGCUAUGAAUCGAUUACUUCAAGGGGCAGGUAUUUCGGAGGGCGACCUUCUCAUCAUGUCGGACACUGAUGAAAUACCAAGUCCUCACACCGUGAAACUACUGCAGUGGUGUGAUGGGGUGCCUCCUGUCUUACAUCUGGAGCUGAAGCACUAUCUGUAUUCCUUCGAAUUCCCGGUUGACUAUAGCAGUUGGCGUGCUACAGUCCACAUUUACAACCCCUGGACCCGGUAUCGACAUUCGCGACAAUCCAAUCUUAUUCUGUCCGAUGCAGGAUGGCACUGUAGCUUUUGCUUCCGGUAUCUGCGAGAGUUUGUGUUCAAAAUGACUGCCUAUAGUCAUGCAGACCGAGUUAGGCACAGAAGUUUUUUGAAGUACUCCAGGAUUCAGAAGCUCAUCUGUCAGGGAGAUGAUCUUUUUGACAUGUUACCUGAAGAGUAUACUUUUAAGGAAAUUAUCAAGAAAAUGGGUUCAGUACCUCGUUCAGCAUCUGCAGUACAUCUUCCUGCUUACUUGGUGGAGAAUGCAGAAAGGUUCAAAUUCCUUCUCCCUGGAGGUUGUACUCGCUCAACAGGAUGAACAUCCUUCUCAAGGGGGAAAGAAACAAGGGUUGUUUAAACCCCGUAUCGUUUUUGUAACAGGUAGAAGUGAUCACUUAGGUAGGUUGGCUACUUUCCGGGCAUCCAUGUUAAGCUACUCGAGUUUCUGAAGACUUUUAACUGAGUAGCAUUAGACAACGUAUUCUAUUUCUAUGUCGUUGCUCCUCCAUCUUUUUCUUUUUCCAUCUUCCGACUAUAUGGUCUAAUACCAACUAUUGGUUGGGAAAUGAUCCUAUUUUCCAAGGAAUGAGUAGCGCCGGGGGCUUGCAUCA